AUGUUCAACACUUCUGGCGUCACAACAGCUCUUCCUGCACCCGAAGGCUAUGUUGUGGACUUUGGCAACACGCAAAGGCGUAGUGUCCUGGAGACAUUUGUGACCCUGAGCGUCGGCGUGGUUCUUGCUCUCCUCUUCCCGUUCCAGAGACUAUAUGUCAAGAUAGUCAUCCGAAAAAGGUUUGGCGUGGAUGACGAGGCUGCAAUGGAUGGGUAUGUGGGAGUCCAUGGCUGGGAAGUCCCCAUUGAAAAGUUCAAAGACUUUACCUUUGUACGUUUUCUCUCUUUGGUCAUCUCCUUUCCCACAACUUUGAUUGACAAUAGUCCCGCUUCGCAGUACAACAGCUACAUGAACCCCAUCGUCUACGCAAUCCCACCCGGGGCCUGCAAGAUGGUCAUUCUCAUGUUCUUUCUCGAGAUCAACAGCAGCACAGAUUGGUUCCGACGGACCGUCUACUUCACCAUGUUUGUGGUCGUUGGCUCCAGCCUCGGAAUACUCUUCAGCUCCAUCUUUCCGUGCAAUCCUAUCCAGUCCGCCUAUGAUUUGGCGACGCCUGGAACAUGCAUCGAUACAGUAGCUACCUUCAAGGCGACUGCCACUUUUGGCGUCAUCACGGACAUGAUGAUCAUCUGUCUUCCAAUACCCAUGGUGUUAAAUCUGCAAGUGUCCACCAGAAAGAAAAUCGGCCUUCUCUCUCUCUUUGGAAUUGGCUCAGUGACUGUCUUCACCUCCAUUGUCCGCCUCUACCUGCUCAUCACGAUCCUGAACGAUCCUGACCAAACUUGGGGAGCCAUUUUUAUCAAUCUUUGGGUUGGCGUCGAAGCGAAUCUGCUGGUCAUGUGCGCCAGCCUUUCUACGCUGCGCCUGUUCUUCCACUAA